AUGCGAAGAAAUUUCCUAUUAAUUCUCAUUUUGAUCGGUUUCUUCUUAAUUUUCUAUCGUUUGCUUGAACAGUCGGAUGUUCCAGAAGAAAAGCUAAAAACAUACACGGCAGAGCCUGCAAUUCAUAGAGGUCCUUACAUUCCAAAGGUUUUAAUCUAUGCUGCUACUCCAUUCUUUCGUGGACCAGUCACCGAUGAGCACUUCUUGAGCGCUUGUACUUCUACCAGGGGUCAAUGUCAUAUCACAAGCGAUUCAGCCGAAUUCGUCAAUGCUUCAGCUGUCGUUUUUCACAAUCCCGAUUUCGACAAUCAGCAUUUAAGCUAUCCAUUUAAUGGGACAAGAAAUGAUGAGAUUCCAUAUGUUUGGUGGAGUCUCGAGAGUCCAACAAAUGGCUUAUUUGUGGCGCCACCAAAUUUUGUCAACUGGACAAUGUACUUCACCCGGAAUUCCGAUAUUUGGUAUCCUUAUGGUCAUUUUCAUCGGCUGAGCUCUAAAAUGAAGGUUGAUUAUGAGCCAAUUUGGGGACAGAAAAGCGAUGAAAAGAUGGCACUGUGGAUUGGGUCGAAUUGCCAGACGGUCAACAAAAGAGCGCCAUUGAUGGAGGCUUUGCGAACAGUUGGAUUAAAGCUAGAGAUUUUCGGGGCUUGUGGCAAGCGAACACCGAAAGAUUGUGAUGGAGUGCUGAAGCAGAAUUUCGAUUGUAUACACGAAAUAGUCAAAGAAUACAAAUUCUAUAUGGCGAUCGAGAACUCAUAUUGCGAAGACUAUGUGACCGAGAAAUUCUUCGCUACGGUCAUGAAAAGAGACUCGAUUCCAAUUGUGGCCCGGCGAUCGAUUUACACCGAUUUACAGAUUCCUGCUUCUUCAUAUAUUGCAAUUGACGAUUUCGCAAAUUUGAAAGAGUUUGUUAAAUAUCUCGAGGUUGUCGGGUCAAACAAGACAAUGUAUUUGGAGUUUUUUAAAUGGAAAGAACGAUAUCAAGUGGUGCCAGAGAUGAACGAUGGAACUGGCUUCUGUGCUUUGUGCCGCCGUCUCCUCCAAGGCCAUUACCGUCGUCAAACCUAUGAAAAUCUUAUGGAAUGGCAAUUCACGACAAAAACUUGCAAUAACUCGUACUUGAAAUCCUAUUUUGAUGUCAGUCCAAAGGGACAAAUUAUCAUCCCAAAGGAG